AGUACUCCGAGAUGAACUCAAAAUCGCAACGCCAUUCACCGGGUAGAAGCUCUGCCAUGAGGGCUGUAGUCGUAGCUAUCUUAGUUGCUGUGGGCAGCGCAGCCCCACAGUACGGCUAUCCCACCCCUACCCCGCCCAUCCCCGACCCUACACCUGGAUACACAUACCAGGAGCCCGAACAGACAUACCUGGCGCCCAAUACCCGCGCAGAAGAGCCACAAGCGCCAGUGGAAGUAGUGCCGAUCCUGAAAGGACGAGCGCGUGAACACGAAGAUGGAAGCUACACUGUCGAUGUCGAGACUGGCAACGGCAUCGAGCUUUCUGAGGCUGGCACAUUAUCCAGUACUGGCACUGCUAUUAAGACUGGGCAGUAUUCCUACACCGCCCCGGACGGUUCCGUGAUCGAGGUCAAGUUCGUCGCCGACGAGAACGGCUUCCAGGCGGAGUCCGACGCCCUGCCCGUGGCUCCCGCAUUCCCUCAUGAAAUUCCCGAAUUCGUGCUCAGGCAGAUCCAAUUCGCGGCUGAGGAGGACGCGCGUGCUGCCGCUGCAUCUGGAGCCGUACUGAAAGCUGCUGAAACGCCCUCGAACCUGUACGGGCAGCCACACUAGGAUUAGCGAGGAUGACUUGAAAAGGAGGAAACAGGAAUCGAAGACUUUUACACCCUACAUUUAUUUAUUUAUUGUUGCAUCUGUAGUGAUGCAUGUCUAGAUAUAAAAGAUGCAGUUCCCAAA